UGAGAAGAAUGACCUAAGCACCAUCCAGCCUUUGUGGCCAAGGGCAGCAGCAGGGGUAGGGCUGCCAGGAGGAUGGCUUUGCCUGGAAGCUUAUGGAGGCAGCCUGCAAACAGAGGCCUUGUGUCCCAUUGCACCCACCAUCAUAUUGUUGUGUUCCUGCUGACCUUCUUCAGUUAUUCCCUGCUCCAUGCUUCCAGAAAGACAUUCAGUAAUGUCAAAGUCAGCAUUUCCAGCCAAUGGACUCCCUCCUGCCUAAACAGCACGGCCCCUGAGCUCCGGCCAUAUGAGGUCUGGAACAGCAGCCAUUUAUUUCCAAAUGCAGAAGAAGCAACUCUCUUCUUGGGGACAUUGGACACUAUCUUUUUGUUUUCCUAUGCUAUGGGUCUCUUUGUCAGUGGCAUAGUUGGGGAUCGCCUGAAUUUACGCUGGGUUUUGUCUUUUGGCAUGUGUUCCUCUGCUCUGGUGGUAUUCUUCUUUGGCACACUCACAGAAUGGUUGCAUUUCUACAACAAGUGGUUCUACUGCUGUCUCUGGGUUGUGAAUGGCUUGCUGCAGUCCACUGGUUGGCCCUGUGUGGUAGCUGUCAUGGGCAAUUGGUUUGGAAAAGCUGGGAGAGGGUUUGUGUUUGGACUCUGGAGUGCCUGUGCAUCUGUGGGAAAUAUCCUUGGGGCGUUCCUUGCCUCCUGUGUUCUCAAAUAUGGCUAUGAGUAUGCUUUCUUGGUGACUGCCUCAGUACAGUUUGCUGGAGGAGUCAUUGUCUUCUUUGGGCUCCUGACGUCACCGAAGGAAGUGGGCCUCCCUGAGCUUGGAGCAGAUGAAGACGGCAGUGUGGAGGAAGAUGCCAACAGACCUUUAAUGGGCAAUGAUGAUGCAGAUGAUGAUGACCGGAAUUACUCUAUUCAAGCAACUGACACUGACAACCAGCCAAAGGCCAUUGGCUUUUUCCAGGCUUGUUGCCUUCCGGGUGUAGUACUGUACUCUUUGGCCUAUGCCUGCUUGAAACUGGUGAAUUACUCGUUCUUCUUCUGGCUGCCCUUCUACCUCAGCAACAACUUUGGAUGGAAAGAAGCAGAAGCUGACCAGCUCUCGAUCUGGUAUGAUGUAGGAGGAAUCAUAGGUGGGACUAUCCAGGGCUUGAUUUCUGAUGUGCUACAGAAGAGAGCUCCAGUGCUAGCAAUUAGCCUGCUCUUUGCUGUAGGCUCUCUUUUUGGAUACAGCCGUUCUCCCAACAGCAAACCUAUCAAUGGUGUGAUCAUGGCAAUUACAGGAUUUUUCAUCGGAGGCCCUUCUAACAUGAUCAGUUCUGCAAUUUCUGCUGACCUGGGGCGCCAGGAUCUGGUGAAAGGCAGCAGCGAGGCUCUGGCAACAGUCACAGGAAUUGUGGAUGGAACUGGCAGUAUUGGUGCUGCAGUGGGCCAGUAUCUAGUGUCUUUGAUCCAGGAGAACCUGGGAUGGAUGUGGGUUUUCUAUUUCUUUAUUCUAAUGACGAGUUCAACAAUCCUGUUCAUUUCACCAUUAAUAGUGAGGGAGAUCAAAUUGCUUCUGCAUGAGCGGCGCCUGCGAAUGCUGGCUGAGUGACUUCUGCUUGCCUCUGGAAGGACUAUUUUAUGGACCUGACAGCUGGGACGCUAAUCAAAACUCUGGGAGACUUGUUUCUUACAUCCUCCAGGUUUGGACUAAUUCAAAAUGGCUCUGCAAGGCUUGAUUGACCUGCCUUUGUGAGCUCAAUAGUGAAGUACCAAAUACCCGUCCUGAGACCACCCGCAUCCUGGAGCUGCUGACCUAAGCUAGACAAUCCACGGGACUGGCAGAUUGUCCCAGCCUACCAGACUCUUCCAUGUCAGCAGUCGCACUAGGGUCUUCUGUUGGGUGGUCUCACUGCUACACCCUUUCUUAUUUAUUUCUGGAUGUCCUGACCAAAGGUCAGCUGUUUAAAACUGACGGUGGAGAGGCUGUCUUGCAAUGAACUUUGAUGCUGUGUUGUGCCGGUGGAAUCAUACAGUGCAUUUCAUGGGUAGUCUAAAUUUAUGAUCACUUUAGCUUUUAGAAAGGGCAAAAAUAAUUAUUUGGAAUUUGCGCUGUCCAGUUGUUUAACGAAUGCUGUUGCUAAAUCUCUGCACAGGCAGACCUCUGCUACCCCUAGCUAUUAACUGUCUCAUAUUCCAGUAGAUUCACAUGGAGAAGUUACCUCCAUAUUUGUUUUUAGCAUUUUUUAAUAAUAGUAAUAAUCUCUGGGAACUGAGACUUCAGUUUUUAACUAUUUAAGCAGACAAAUAGUGUGCAAUACUUUACUGUGAUCUCUGAGAAUAAGCCUUAAUAGAUCCUCUGUGUCUAAAGGAUCCUUGAAUGGCUUUGGGGAUCAGUAAUGGGACAUAAAUACUUUCACUACUGCUUUGUUAUUUGAACUCUCAUCAAUACUGACCAAAAUGGGACUGUCAGGUGACCCUCUGAAGGAAGCUGGUGUCACUGAUUUCAUACUCAUUGUGCAAUUGCUCAUCUCCAGCAAAGAGAACCAGAAUGGAAUUAAAGGAAUUGGAGGGACCUGGCUGCUCUCGGACAUGGGCUUCCAGACAGGGACUGAAGCGUACUCAUGGAAUAGCAUCAAUGAGCAAGUGCUGCUGUCUUCCCCCAUGCUCCUCUGCCUACGGCUGCGCAGGGGACCUCAAGCUCCAGCGUUUUAAAGCUCGAGUUGUCCCUUGAAGAGAAAGGUAGAUGCAAGUCAGCACUAAAAACAUGUGACUGCACUUAGCAUGGUGGUAUUUUGAGUAUUUUGCAGUACUGCGGUAAGCAGGGUGACCGACUGACACCUCUAACAUUUGUUAGUGAUGGUAAUGGGAUCAUCGAGUAACUUCUUAACAAAUUGUUUUCUGCUUAUGCCUUGGGAUGUUUCAUUGUAAUAGGUAUGUGUUAACCAGCAGAACUUCUGAUCAAAUACUCAAUCUAACUAGUCAGCAAUGCCUGGAUGGGGGUGGGGGGCAGGAAAAUUCCUGGAGCUGAAAAUUUGAAACUUUUUAAAUG